UUUCCUAGGAGACUUCAAAGAAAAAACCCUCGGUCUGUUGUUUGAAGAGUGGUUGGGAAGACAAAGCACGUUUCUGCAGACUGGUGUGCAAGGGAGCCCGGGUACCUGAAUGCCUGCUCAUGAUGUGCCUGUUUUGUCAUGCCUCGCCCAAGACAGCCUUAGCUGCCUUGAAGAGGUGGCCUGGGGUCCCGCCUGUUCCACGAUGACUGAUAGCCACACGUGUGCUGGAUCCUUGGAGCCUCUUUGGGCUGGUAGGGGCUUAGAGGCACCGCCGGGACCCUGGACAUCACAUCGGCCAGAUGGAUGCAGCCGGAUGGACGCUGAAACAGGGAUUGUCAACUGGAUCGAUGCUGAAACCAGGACUGACGUCCCACCAGAUGGAUUGACACCGGGAUCAGGACUGGGUAAAGUAGAAUACCUGGUGAAGUGGAAAGGAUGGCCCCCAAAAUACAGCACAUGGGAGCCAGAGGAUCAUAUCUUGGACCCUCGCCUGGUAGUGGCUUACGAAGAAAAGGAAGAGAGAGACCGUGCAUCAGGGUACAGGAAAAGAGGUCCCAAACCAAAGCGCCUCCUACUGCAGCGGCUGUAUGGCAUGGACUUGAGGAGUGCUCACAAGGGAAAGGAGAAGCUGUGCUUCUCUCUUGCACGGAGGUUUGGAGGAGACAGUAGCCUGCCAGGGGCCAAGACAGGGCAGGCAGAGUUCCCCGAGAAGACUGGGGGUGCAGUCCUGCCAUUCUCUCUCCGGAAGCAACGCAAAAACCAGAAGUACCUACGACUGUCAAGGAAGAAGUUCCCGCGCAUGGCGAGUCUGGAGAACCGAAACUGCAGGCAUGAGUUCUUCCUGAACGAUGCAGUGGGCCUGGAAGCCAGGCAGAGCCCUGAGGACUGGGAGGCCACGCAGCACACCAGCAAAGAAGCAGAUGUGGAUGCCAGUCUCCCUUGGAUCCCCACUGUGCCCCCCAGUGAAGUGACAGUGACAGACAUCACAGCAAACUCCAUUACCGUCACUUUCAGAGAAGCACAAGUGGCUGAGGGCUUCUUUCGAGACCGGAGUGCACAGUUCUGAAUCUGUUUGCAGUGCUCCCCCAAAUCAGUGCUUUUAGGGUGGGGCUAGGGAAGGGUUAUGUUAUCCCUUAAGAGAAAAAAAAUCCAAAAUGUCUCCUCUAAAAAUGUUUACAGAGACCUUUUUUUUUUUUUUUCCCUCCUUUUUCCCCUUUCAGAUACGCAAAAAAGGGCAGUGUAGGGGGUAUGUGUUUGUCAUUGCUUUGUCCAGCUGAAAAACUGACAGCCCUUUCCCUGGCAAAGACUCCCCUCCUUGAUGUGAAAGCAGCAAGCCGAACAAUUCGCCUUUUAUCCUGUUAAGUGGCAGCAGCUGCAUUUGUGGGGAGAGGGCAUGCGGAGGUGGAAAGAGAGCUGAAUCUCUAGCCUGCUGCCUUGUUCUGCAAUUGAUAUCCCUCAGAUAAAGAUACAUCUCUGUACAUUGCUCUUCCCACCUUCCUCCUCCCUCUCUUCCUGCAGCAGUGAGAGGUGACGGAUCCUACCUGUGUAGAUAACUCCAGCCUGUUAAGACUUUCUCUCCAGUGCUGUUUUCCCUGUGGCCUGUUGUCAGGACUUCAGGAGCGUAUUUGCCUGUCUGUGGUAAGUCAGUCUUUGCAGCACGGGUUUGUAUAGACAGCAGAGCUUUCUCCCUUUGAUUGCUGAUCAUGUGGAAAGGCUGAAAUGCAUCUCUGAAAUCCAAACUGGCAACAUAAAUUCAAUUUGCCCUCAUUAAAAGCUCAGAAAGCCAGCAUAGUUGAGACACACCAUCCUGUGUAUGCUAAACAGGAUUUCCAGGCUUGGCUCUGCUACGUGAGGAAUGCGUUAUGGAAAGUGGGGUCCUCUUACCCUUUGCCAAAUUCAGUAUUAAUAACAAAUCCUGCCCUGAAUCUGUGGUAAUAAGUUGGUUGAAAACUGACUCCUCUCCCCUGGGAGGAGGGACUAGUAAGACAACUGAAGCAUUGCCUAGCACUGCAGAGAUAUCCAAGAUACUGGCACAGGCCCCGGACACAGGAAUUGGACAGAACUGAGCUCGAAAUGGACCUUGAUUAGUAGCAAAUUCUGUUCUUGGAUCCCAUAGAGAGAUCCAAAAUAAACAAGAUGUGGGGAAUGCAUGUAUUAGAUUUGAGGAGGGGAAAAAUUCCUAAUUCUUAGCAAUGAGAAUUUUUGGAUUGUGCUGCCUGAGUGAUACUCUUCCAUGACUCCAGUAUCCUCACAGUAUCUGUGAUCCUGUACUACUUUACUGAUAGGAACUUCCCCUUGGAAGGCUUUAAAAUCUUUGCCAAGGAAAGCGGUCUGCAUUUCAAUAGACCUGCCUGAUCUUGCACUUAAAAAUGCCUUGUGCUGGACUGCCUGUGACACUUUGAGGUUUUUGAAGAAUUGCUGUAUUUUGAGUUGGUAGUUUAGCAUAGCAUCUGUUCUUGCACAUGCAUGUUCUCUUCCAUUUUUAAAAGCAAAUUAUAUUUAAAUAACUUAAUUUUUAAAAUAUAGACCUUUUCCAAUGGAAAGCAAGAAAAGUAAGGUAGUCUAAAGUGGGAACUGCAGGGCAGAGUGCUGCAGGGUAACAUUGGCUACUGUCAUGAUUACUGUCCUUAAAUUCUGUUUCCUUACUCCACUCCACCUGAAGCAUCUCUAAUCUGCUGUAUUUAUUCAAAAUGAAGCUAUGAGCCUUCUUAGCUCUGAGAUAAAGACACCUGUGGAAAUCCUCAGUGUGUUUGUUUGGGGGCCUUGGCUCCUGGCCUGCAGAAUUUGGGAGCUCUAGGGUUUCUGGUCCUCCAAACAUCUACUUAUUAUAAAGUGCUUGGGCAACCACUGUGGGAUUUUAUUCGAAGCUGUUUUUACCUCAUUUAGGAUAUGGCAGCUCAGUGCAGAUUUAGGAUUUCCCCUUCCAUCUCAGAGCAGGUCUGUCUUUCAUGCCAUCAGAACAGUUUCAGGAUCACUGGGAAGAUCUUGAAUUUCUGGACUGACCUUUUGUCUCUCAAAGGAGUAAGAUGGGAGUUUUAUUAUGGAGAAAUCUGAGAGAGUGAGAAGUGGAAGGUGGGGGGGAAUUAUGUGGUGGGAGGAAGAGUGAGUGGAAAAGAAGCUUGCAAUAGCUAGCAAGGGCAAGCUGGUGAGGUAAGCGUGCAGGCGCAGGAUGUUUGUUGAACGUGGGUGUCCAGAGCGAGGCUUCUGUGUCUGGAGUUGCACCCUUUUUUGCAGGAUGUGGGGUCAGACAGUGUUGUUACCAUCACCCACACACCCCCUCCUCCUGACACCUGCCAAAUAUGCUGAAUACCUGCAUCUCUCUUCUGUUGUGACCAGUGGACACACUACAUGGCCAAGUCCACUCUUGUAGGUUGGAGCAGAUAGUGAUGGUUGCAGAAGUGUAGUUUUUUAGCUUAUUUUAAAAAUAAGUCUUGAACUGCAGCUCAUCCUGCUAAAUCUUCGAGGCAUUUAUAGGAUCUGGUUUCUUUAUUCUAAUGCAGCAACUGCUUCCUUUAUCAUGUCUUCAUCUCAGUGUACAAAUGCACCAAAAAAAGCUUGCUAUUUACUAAGUUCCUGGGUUUGGCUGACAUUGGAAGCAAUAUCAAUCCUGCAGCAGGAAAGAACUUGUCCUAAUAAACUAGAUUUCCAUCCUCUGCUUUUCUCUCCACUCUCCAGCUGACACUUCUCAACACUUUGUUUUGGCAUUUUUCUUUAAACAUAUUUUCUUUCUCUUGCAGUGGAGUUUUCAGAGACUUAUGGUGGUCUUUCAAAGAAGAUCCACCCACAGCUUCAUAUCUUAAUCAUUUUUUUGGAUCAGGCUAUCUAGUGUUCUGCUGGUGACUAAUCAUCUUGCUACACGAAGCGUGGAACAAAGUACCUGGCUGCCACGCUGCUUUGUGUCAAUGAGGAGCUAACCAUAGUGGGGUUAAGACACAGCAAGCUGCAUGUGUGUGGGUUUGGAGGGGAGGGUGUGAAGAGGAGUUUGUGGUAGGAAACUAAGCAGUUACUUUGUUGGCGUGGACUUUUUUUUUUUUGACAUUCAUGAAUUCUUGUUUAUCUCAAAGAACUUUUUGCGAAGAUUUUUCUCCUGAUCUUUUUUAAAUGUGGCUCUGUUCCACAUUGUCUGCUGACAUGUCACUGUAAACUUCCUUGGUGGAGCUGGUCUUCAGGGACUUUAAAAUUAGCUUGAUUCCACCUCUACAGGUGUAGAGAGGGUUUUACUCGUGAUGGAGAGACAGAUUGUCUGGGUUUGUCUCUUCUCCUCAAUAAUGUCCAUCUGCCAGUUCAACCCAAACCCUGGCAAUUGAAUUGGGACCUCCUGUGCUAACAUAUCAUGAAAAUCAGAUGCUGUGUUUGGAUCUUUGUUAAGCAUUCCGUUUGAUUAGGAGAGCCAGAAUAGCAUCCAGCUGAAGCUGAGUUUAAUAAUUCUAUUUGAAGCACAUGCCGAGAAUAGAAGUGGGCUAACUCUCCCAUACCUUGUUUGGCUCCAUGGCUGUAAACAAGAAAAAUAAACUUCAGCCAGUGGAAAUUACUGAACUGUACACAAGAAACAACCUUCUCAGAGAACUACUCUAAUAGUCAUUCGUAGAACUGUUUCCAUGUGAAAAUUUACCAGCAAUGUUGGGGGACAGAAGUGUUUAUUUUAUAGAUCUUGCAGUGAAUUCACUGUGUAUGUGAUAGACCUGAGGGACUUCAUGAGACUGGAAAGCCUUUUUUGUUAACACUGUGUUUUGAAAAAAAAUCCACAUGGAAAGGACUGCCUCUGUUCCUGGAUGGUUAUAAACUAGAUGUUUUUGCUCUGAUAUACAAGUGAUGCCUUGGAACAGCAAGUUUUAACAUGUGAAUUGUGGCAUUAAGUAGCCUCCUGCAUGCUCCUUACUGUCUUGCAUUUGCUUGGGGGCCCUUCUGCUUGUGAAGUUAGACUAAGGUGAUUUUUUUCUCUUCCUUUUUUUUCCAAGAAAGAUCAGGAUAUUAUUGUGAGAACACCCAAAAGCAGUUCCAUUUGCCAAAAUAAGCCCAAAUUUGUUAGUGAAUUGAGUCUUGUUUAUGUCAGAGCUCAGACAUAGAAAAGCUUAUUGAGAAAUGAAUGGCUUUUUUUGUUAUUAGUGUUGUGAAACUGUCCAGAAUUGUUCUUCUGGUGUUUUGUGACUGGAUGUAUAAAAUUGUUUGUUCACCUCACAGGGGGCCCUUGGUCCCAGUGCUGUUUCAUGCUGUAUGCCAGCUAGUGCUGCUUGAUGGUUUCACUGGAAUGAAGAAGGGAGGCCUCACACAGGUCAGAAAACAGGCAGGGUAGCUCAGGCAAGUCCCUCCGUGGUAGCCACAACAGAGGCUGGGGUGCGGAAGGCAGUGGGGGCUGCCAGCCACAUCUGUGUAUGAAGCAAAGCAAAGUCUACCACCAUCUCUCCACCUCUUCCUCUCCUCUCAAGCUUUGAGCUUUUGUUUUCAGAAGUAGGGAAAGUACAAAAACCUCCUUUUCUAAAGCUAAUUGCUAUCUACCCAUCUUUUGUUCCUGCCUGACUACCUGCAGCCUAGGAAGAAAAGGGCAGUGGGCCUUUUUGGGAAAAUAAUAGGGAUAUAUACUGGUCAGAGGAGGAAGGGACAGAGUUGCCUCGGAGCUGCUCUCACUAGGUGGUUGAGGAGGGGCCUUUGAGUGAGCUGGCUGUUGAGAGAGAAGGUGUGUUAUAAACAAAGAACUUGUAGUGAAAGUGAUCUCUUGCAUCUGUGAGUGGAGUUCUGAAUGGGCCUGCAGAGAGGCGAGUGCUGCAUUUACAUAUCAGUGUUCUGCCAUUUGGGAAUGCAAGGGAGAUGUGUAUGUUGACAACUUGCACAGGGUAAUUUCUACAUGAAAAUGUACAGGAUUGGAACACAUUGCUUUUGCCAUGCCUGUUGUAAAGGUUCUCCCCAAGGGCAUGAUAAACUUGUUUUCAGAUAAUAGCUUAUGAUCAACAGGCCACAUUGUCCUGUGGCUGAACUUACUGUUCUCACAGGGAAAGUGUGAGCUUAUGGGUGCCAAACCACCUGGAUUCCACACACAAAGGUGGUCAAGAUAGGAAGGCUUAUAAAACAGCCACAGGACAAUUGGAAGGAGAGAGAAGCAAUCGCUUAAAAUGGAAUUCAGACCCUUCAAAUCCUUUCCUGUAACUAGCACUUGCUGUAGAGAUUUUUUUCUCUUCCACCUCUUUCUCUUUUCCCCAUAACUUCUUGAAAUGCAGGGAGCAGGCAGGAGAUGAUCCCUAAUUAACUGGGAGUGGUAGAGUUGCAGGGCUCUGUGGGGGCAUUUGGGGCUCCUGUGGAUUACUGCAAAGUUGGGAUGGGGUGGAAUUCCUGAGACUGUUGGGAACCUCUGUCACAGAUUAUCUCAUUACUGGGGUAGCAAAGUUUUGGCUGGGAGGGGAAUUUUGGAGGAGGUGGAAAACCUUUAUUAUUAUUAUUAUUAUUAUUAUUAUUGUUGUUGUUGGUUUUUAACCAGAAAAUGUAGUGUCAGCACAAAGAAGCUUUUUGCAAAUCUGUCAAAAUGUUAAGCAGCUUUUUUUUUUUGCUUUUAAAUCUGAAGUAUGUUUUGAAGCACUUUGGAAAUGCAAAGCACUAGGAGUGCUAAGUACUCCUUAUCGUCUGUCUAGAAGUGGCAUUUGAAAAGCAAAAGAUGUAUCUGUUUCAGGCUGCUGGCUGCUCCUUAUCAUUUUUCCAGAGCUGCCACCCAGCCCUUUGCCUCCCUCCCAUGGGGGAGAGUGUACUCCACCAUGCCCGGAGCAGAGGGUUCCCUGAGGGAAAAGAGGAGUCCUGCUAAACCUGCUCCAUUUGCCUUUGGGGCACAGGUUGGCUUCCUCCCUCCCCACCUCCUUUGAUAAAGGAAAGGGAAAAAUGAAGUUGAGUUUCAGUUUGAUGGUCCUAGUCUGGAACUAUGACCGUUUCUUCCAGCUCUGGAGACAUCUUUAUAGUUUCCUGUCUGAAAAAUUGCACCUUAUUAGCUUAAUUGAGGAAUGAGGAGAUGUCUGUCCUUCUGCAGAGGCUGGGGAGAGGAAGGGAGGGUGAACCAGGAGCUGUUUUCAGUAGCUGCUGGAUUUUUCCACAGGCCGUUUCCUCAUCUCCAACAGAACAGUGACAAAAGAACUAAAAUAAUUUAGAUGAAGCUUUUGUUCUGUUUAUCUCAAGAACCUUUUGAGCAGGCUAAGGGCAGAGAACCCUUUUCCCUCACCCAGUCAGCUCUACAGCAUGGGGUUCAGCAGCCCAGUUCUCUUGCUGGGUUUUCAGCACCAAGCUUUUCCCUCAGCGUACGCACAUCGUUAGAAUGCUUUUGCACACUCACUCAUCUAAUUUGAUGUGCUCCCUUUCUGUUGCAGGGGGAGGAUGGGGGACAGUGGGGUCAGUUAGAGGGGAGGGUCCCUGAUUAUUUUUGUUCCUGUCUGUUCAGUUGUUGCUGUUUUUCCCAUCAGCACGCUAGAGCAUUGGAGUCUUUGCACACAGAAAGCUUCCUUUUGCACAGAAUGAGCUUCUAGCUUUUGUACAGACUAAUUGAAUGUAUUUGGGGAGGGGGGGAAAUAGGGAGUAAACCAAUUCCAAACAAACAAAUCAGAGUAUAAUGCCUUUUCUGAGCGAGUAUGUGCUGUAAAAGGAGAUUGUAAUAGCAAAGGGAGGGCAGGCUCAAGUAUAAUUUGACACAAAGUGUGGUUUUAUUUUUGUACUGAUAUGGAUAAGAGACUGUACAGCAUCUAUUUAUUUAGAUGAUUUAUGUGGUAAAUGUUGCAAACAAAAUUAUUAAAAUAUUAAAUAUGAGAACUGACAUUUA